AUGUCGCGAGAUUCAGACGAAGAAACUGACUUAAUAGAGAAUGUGAAUGAAAUUAUCGAGAACCUUUCAAGAGAAUUGCAAGAUAUGUAUCUGUAUAGAGACAUGUUUUUUGAAAACCAUCCAAUUAAAAUGGCUCCAGAGAAGAAUAAAUUAGUUGAAGAGAAAAAAGAAGAACUAGUGAAGAAAUUUCAAAAAAUUGAUGUGGAUAAGCAAGUACCAUUCUCUUCACGGGCAAAUUUCUUAUAUCUCAAAGGCAGAUGUUACAACAUUAACCCUGUGUAUGAUGCUCGUGCGACACAAUGUCUAAGUAAAGCGGUAAAACUCAACCCUCAUUUAGUAGAUGCGUGGAAUGAGCUCGGAGAAUGCUACUGGAAAAAUAUGAAUGUAAAAGAAGCCAAGGCCAGUUUCGAGGGGGCUUUGAAGCAUGAACGGAACCGCAUUUCUUUAAGAUGUUUAUCUAUCAUACUACGCCAAGAAAAUGAAGACAGAGCUCCCAAAGAUACUACUACUGCAAUACUAAAAAGUGUCGAACUUGCAAAAGAAGCAGUAGCCCAGGACAUCAAAGAUGGAGUCUCUUGGACUGUAUUGGGCAAUGCUUAUUUGUGCCAAUUUUUCAUGGUCUCCCAAGACCCAGCGGUGCUAAAGUCUUGUUUGAGCGCAUACAAGCAGGCUUGGUCAGAUCCAGUUGCUAAAGGCCAACCAGACUUGUAUUACAAUAAAGGAAUUGCUUUGAAGUAUGAGGAACAGUAUUCUGAAGCUUUACGGAACUUUGAGUAUGCUUGUGAAUUGGACCCCACAUGGGAACCGCCACGCGAUGAGUUGGGAAGACUCACUACAUACCUGUCUUGCACCAAUCAUUUAGUGCAGUCCAAGGGCAAGAUGAAGGUGAAGAAACUCAUGCAGAUGGUCCAGGGCAUAGACAACAAAAUGCUAGGGAUAUACAGUCCGGGCACAUUUCAUAUAUUCGGUACGCGCCGUGACGUCACAUUGGAACGGGUAACGUUGAAUUCGCUACAAGAGGGCACUAACGAAGGAAAACUGGUGCUGGCUAAAGUAGUCGGGUCCAUACAUAAUGGGAACGCUGUGCCUUUCACAUUCGCCGUGGUGGAUGAGAGUAUGGAUUGCGUUUGUAUCACAGUAUAUAACUGGGCGGACGGACGCGGUGCUAUCAUAGGGGACAGUGUGUGUAUACCGGAACCGAAACUAGCUAUACAGAAAUACGAGUCGAAAACAUUGAAAUAUGAGUUUAAAUGUAUACGGUUGAAUAGUCCCAUGCAUUUGCUUUUGAACGGCAGAAGACUGUCACGUGACCAGUUUGCUCGCACUAAAGCGACUAGUACUUACGAGAUUCACUGA